CAAAUAUUGUGCACAAGGUGAACCCGGAGAAUUCUACUACGGAACAGAGGUCUUGUACACCCUGAUUUUCACGAGCUACAUGAACCGUCAAAUGGACGAGACCCUCCGAAAGCGCAUCAAGAGAAUUGCCACGGCCAUUGGGGAGAGCGGCCUUGUUCGGCACUUGUACGACACACGCCUUCCUUCGCUGGAUCGGUGCCGCGUCGUGGAGGAGGGUGAACAACUGAAGCUUGAAGACCUGGCAUCCGUGUUCUACCUGUACGCAGCCUUUUGCCUCGCCAGCAUUCUCGUCCUUGUGGCCGAGUUGCUCGUCCACCGAUACUCACCUCACGAACGUCGCGCGCACCGGCACCGCAGGCUGAGGCGUACGGUUCCCCCGCUCUUCGUUCGCCCCCGAGGUACAAUCACAAGCAGGCGUCAGUAAGAGA